AUGUUGCCCACGCUCCUCGCUGCCCUCGCCGGGCUGCUGUACGUCGGCGCCAUCUACUGGUCCCGGCUGCCCGAGAUCAAGCGGCGAGAUCGCGACGACCCCCGCGUCAUCGCCCACCGGAUCAAGCGCAUCCUGGCGGUGUGUCUCGUGUGGUUGGUGCUCGUGCCAUUGACGGCGCCGAUGCUGGCGCGGUCGCUGGUGCGGCUGAUGGGGUUUAUCCCCGGGUUCACCAACAAUUACUCGUUCACCGCUGAUGUCAUGGGCUUGUUGAAGGCCAUCCGCACCAUUGGCGCCCUCUACCUCGGCACCAUCUUUGCCUAUUUCUACCAGCUGAAACUCGACGUGGCCGCAUUCAUCGACGACGUCUACAUUAAUUUCUUCACGUUUCAGGGGUACCGCGACCACAUUUUCGCCCCGCUCACCGAGGAGUUCGUCUACCGGUCGGUGGUGCUUACCUACUUGGCGAAGCUGCUGCCAGUGGUGGUGUACGCCAGCCCCCUCCUCUUUGGCCUCGCCCACUUGCACCACGCGUGGGAGGUGCGGCGCCACCAUCCGAAAAUGCCGUGGACGAUCGUGUGGGCCCAGGCGGCGUUUCAGUUGGUGUACACCACCGUGUUCGGGAUGCUCCUGACGUAUUUUUUCCGCAAGUACCACCACAACGUGUGGACGUGUGUGGCGCUACAUUUCCUCUGCAAUUUGCUCCAGUUCCCCCCCGCCAGCGUCGACGGCCCGUUGUACGCCAACAUCAUCUACUACGUGUUGCUGGUGUGGGGGUUUGCCCGGUUCGUGGUGUUGUUGAGAAGCGCAUAG